AUGGAAGUUUCGACCAUUCUUCGCCGGAAACCCAUAUCGGAACCGCCGGGAAACUUCCACGGCCGGAGCUCCACCGGUUCAAGAAUUGUUCGGAUUUCAAUGACUGACCCGGAUGCUACGGACUCGUCUUCUAGUGACGAAGAUACCUUGAAUUACCCCCGCCGCCGUGUGAAGCGUUAUGAAAUUGAGUUGUCCGUCGGGACGGCGGGGGACGGCGGCGGUUGUGGUGCCCGGAAGAGGAAGAGGAAGAGGAAGGCGGUGGGUAAUGUGAGUAAAUUUCGCGGUGUCCGGCGGCGACCGUGGGGGAAAUGGGCGGCGGAGAUACGUGACACCGGCCGUCGUGUACGACUGUGGUUGGGGACUUACGAUACGGCGGAGGAGGCUGCAAUGGUGUACGACAGCGCCGCCUUGAAGCUCCGAGGACCGGCGGCUUUGACCAACUUUCCCACUCAUACUCCGCCGCCAUCUACCGGCGAUGAGCCGUCGUCUCCGACGAACAUUUCUUCUCCGACAUCGGUCCUCUACAGAACCCAGUUCACCGAAUGUUCGUCGUCUUACCGGGCCGUUAACGAUUCGCCGGUGGUGGAUUGCCCCUUCUCCGACGACAUAUUCAAAUCGAGUGUUUUGGAAUCGCCUCUUUUUCCAGAGUACCAAUCAACUCUUAUAACAGAAGCACCAUGGAUCGAUGCGGACGGCGGCGCUAGGUCCAGCGACUUGGUGGCGGCGGCGGGGUCCGUCGAAAUAGUAGAAGAUCAUGAUUAUUUUGAAGAAAUUUUGAUGGGGUCGGAUCCUUUGGUGGUCCUAUGA